AUGGGGGAUAACAAUUUCAACUUGCCACCUGGUUUUCGAUUCAAUCCUAGUGAUGAAGAGCUCGUCGUCCAUUUCCUUCAUCGAAAGGCCUCCCUUUUACCUUACCACCCUGAUAUCAUCCCUGAUCUCGACCUCUAUCCCUAUGAUCCAUGGGAACUAGAUGGUAAAGCAAUGAGUGAAGGCAACAAAUGGUACUACUACAGCAGGAGGACACAAACCAGAAUAACUGGUAGUGGAUAUUGGCAGUCUUUGGGUGUAGAUGAACCAAUUUAUUCUAGUGCUGCCCAAAAAGUUGGCAUGAAGAAAUGUUAUGCAUUUUACACAGGUGAAUCUCCAGAGGGUGUUAAAACAAAUUGGAUAAUGCAGGAAUUUAGGCUCUCUGAUUCUUCUUCUUCUUCAUCAAGAAGAAGAAGUUCCAAGUCGGAAUAUAGUAAAUGGGUGGUGUGUCGAGUGCAGCAGUACAACAACAAUAACGAUGAUGAUCAUGAUGGUGAUAGUACAGGACUUUCAUGCUUGGAUGAAGUUUUCUUGUCGUUGGAUGAUCUCGACGAAAUUAGUUUGCCGAAUUAG